AUGUCUUCAAUCUUGAACUCUCAAGGCAUGGUUUUGGCUACAGCCAUGGCUGUUUCUGGCACUUUCAUUCUUCUAGCUCUUCGACUCCAAAAAUCUCCCUCGAAUUCCGAGCUUUCCAUCGACCCAAUUUCAGAUUCUCCUCGAUCUUGCCUCUCGACAGAAGGGAAGAAGAAAGAGAAAAAGAAGAAGAGGGUUCAUUUUGCAGAAGAUGUGGUGGACCCUACUGGGAAUAGUGAUGAGUACAGAAGAUUACACAGUAAUAAUUGUGCCAAAGUUAACUUGGAGUCGAGUUCUAACACAAGUGGGAAACUUCAAGAAAUGCCAGCAAAUAGAGUGGCACUUUACAAUGGAAUUCUUAAAGAACGAGUGCAUCAACGGGUGGCCUAUUCGUAUUGA